AUUCGUAUGCAACGACUCCAAUAAGAUUUGAUAAUGGCUGAAGAUGAGAUUGUAGUCGAAGAGGAAGUGCCUCCAUCGUCUUCUUCGUUGAUUGUGGAAGAGGACGAUGGGAGAGAAGAGCUCGAGCACUUGGGUUUCGUCAGAACCGCGGCCACUUACUUGGCUCUCUGUUUGUCGACGCUCUACGAGUUGGCUAAGGACAACGCUGGUCCUCUCAAACUCGGUGUCGAGAACAUCGAAGCCACCGUUGAAAUGGUGCUUUCGCCGUUAUACGACAAGUUCAAUGACGUUCCUUUCAAGCUUCUCUUAUUCGUCGACCGCAAGGUGGACGACGUGUUGUACGAUGUGGAAACAUACGUUCCCUCUUUGGUGAAGCAAGCUUCUAGCCAAGCACUCACCGUGGCCACCGAGGUGCAACGCGCCGGCGUCCUCGACACGACCAAGAGCAUCGCCAGGAGCGUUUGCGACAAGUACGAGCCAGUCGCGGAGUAUUACGCAGCAACGGUGUGGCGGUUGUUGAACAGAGUGCCUUUAUUUCCCCAAGUUGCGCAGUUAGUGAUACCCACGGCGUUUUACUGGUCGGACAAGUAUAACGACGCGGUUCGUUACGUCGGAGACAGAGACUACUACGUCGCCGAGUAUCUACCGAUGAUUCCUAUCGAGAAGAUCUCUGAUAUUUUGGAACAAGAUCACUGUCGAGCCCAUUAGUGAGUACUGAAGAAUCCAAAAUAAUUCCAAUUCCCUUUUUUUACAUAUGUACUCUCUGUUUUUCUUUGUUUUCCCCCCUUUAUUUUUUUAAUUGCAACUGUUAUUUCAGUCUUCUUUCAGUAUUUCAUUUAAAGAAUUUGCCUUUUCCUUAAAAUAACAAGAGUGUAAGAGACAACAUUCUCUAAUGAGCUGUUUUCUUU